UUUUUUUUUUGUUUGUGGUGUCACUUGGACGGCUAAGACCGCUCAAUAUUUUUCCCCUUUGCAUCACAAAACAAGAGAAAGUUUUCGUAGAAUUUUUGGCAAAAACCUGUUUAAACUCCUUUUAAUUUACCUUUAAACCCCGGCAAUGGCGCACAUCCAGUACACGGAUGGCCUGGUGCGGGAGUACGUCCUGUUCCGCGGGUUUUCCCACACGCUCAAAUCGUUCGAUUCGGAGCUGAAAAACGACAAAGACAAGAGCUUCCGGGUGGACAAAAUCAUCGACCAGCUGAUGCAGCUGAUACAGUCGCAGGACCUGCAGGGAUUGCGUGACCUUUGGGCCCACCUGAACAACCACCUGUUCCGGAACCUGGAGCACAGCUAUACGGCAGCUGUGAACAAGCUGGAGCAAUCGAUUUUGAAGUUCUACCUGGUGAUUGCGCACUUGUCCAACAAGCCGGACAAAAUCAACGAGUUCUUCACGAAGCUAGCUCCGGAACUGGUCGCACAGAGCGAGUGGAAGGAAUGGUUUUUCUUCCCGUUCUGCAAAAACCCGGAGGAACAUUCCGCGUUUGCCGUUUGCUUCACCAAGCAAUGGCAGGACACGUUACUGAUCUCACUGCACAACUUCCUGUCCACCAUCUACCAGUGCAUGCCUCAGCCGAUGAUUUCCAAGGUGGAGACGGAGAGCAGUCUGCUCCGGAAGCUCCAGGAGGAGAACGCCCAACUUCGGAGCAAGCUGCAGAGCAUCCAACAACAGCAGUCGGCUUCCGCUGCGGCCACAGCAGCUGGUUCCUCCCAUCAAUCCCGAGUGACCGCGUUCAACGAUCAAAAGUACACGCUGGAUGGCAAAACGCGCUACUCGACGCGACACGUUGGUAACGCGCAGUCCCUGAACGACAUCGUUCCGUUUGAUAUUCCGCCCCCGGCGCACAUCGUGGACGAUUUCUACAUCAUCGCCCAGGAGUCGAACAACAUCGGGAAUGCGGCCGAAUCGCAAGCCCGGGGACUGAAGUCGCUGAUCCGGAACAUCAGCUCCGGCGGAAGUCCGGUGCUGGGCCGGAAGGAUACCGCAGCCGAUCGGAACAAACGGCGCUCGGGAAGCGUGGGCAGCCGGAGCAAUUGGAUUCACGGUUAGAAUGGGAGGGAAAUUUAGCACGAAGGAUUAAGGUAGGUGGAGCACUGUGUGAUUUAGUUUGGCGUAGAAGUACGCUUGUGUUAUUACGUUUUAUUAUAUUAUUAUACUCAAAUACAGGAUCUCAAAUUGGAAA